GGAUGAAUGUCUUGACCAUUCUGUGUGUUCCUGGAAAAACAACACCAUGUGUGUCAAUACUGUUGGAUCGUACAACUGCAUAUGUCGAGCAGGAUAUGAAGGCCCUAACUGCACAGAUGUGGAUGAAUGCCUUGACAAUGAUAUCUGUUCAUGGAAAAACAACAGCAAAUGUGUGAAUACUGAUGGCUCUUUCAAUUGUUUAUGCGUAAAGGGAUACAGUGGUUACAAUUGCACAGAUGUGGAUGAAUGUCUUGACCAUUCUGUGUGUUCCUGGAAAAACAACACCAUGUGUGUCAAUACUGUUGGAUCGUACAAUUGUAUAUGUCGAGCAGGAUAUGAAGGCUCUAACUGCACAGAUGUAGACGAAUGCCUUGACAAUGAUAUCUGUUCAUGGAAAAACAACAGCAAAUGUGUGAAUACUGAUGGCUCUUUCAAUUGUUUAUGUGUAAAGGGAUACAGUGGUUACAAUUGCACAGAUGUGGAUGAAUGUCUUGACCAUACUGUGUGUUCCUGGAAAAACAACACCAUGUGUGUCAAUACUGUUGGAUCGUACAACUGUAUAUGUCGAGCAGGAUACGAAGGCCCUAACUGCACAGAUGUGGAUGAAUGCCUUGACAAUGAUAUCUGUUCAUGGAAAAACAACAGCAAAUGUGUGAAUACUGAUGGCUCUUUCAAUUGUUUAUGCGUAAAGGGAUACAGUGGUUACAAUUGCACAGAUGUGGAUGAAUGUCUUGACCAUUCUGUGUGUUCCUGGAAAAACAACACCAUGUGUGUCAAUACUGUUGGAUCGUACAACUGUAUAUGUCGAGCAGGAUAUGAAGGCCCUAAUUGCACAGAUAGUACAUUGGUUACAUCUACGACUGAGCAGUCUACCUCGGGACCAGCAGUUACAACAUCAACAAGUAAUGCCACAAGUAUAAAAGCAACUUCAACAACAGGAACAACCUCAACUGUAACUACAUCCAUUAUAAUAACCACAGAGAAAACCAUGGGAGCAAGUACCAGUGGAACACCAGUUCCUGCAGUUACAAAAUCUACAACAGGCACCCUUACAACCACAGACAGCCCAACAACUACCUUAACCACCACAACUAAAACAACCAAAACUAGUUCAACCACAGAAACCAUGGGAAAAAGUACCAGUGGAACACCAGUUCCUGCAGUUACAAAAUCCACAACAGGCGCUACUACAACCGCAAAGAGCCCAGCAACUACCUUAACCAUCACAACUAAAACAACCCAAACUAGUUCAACCACAGAAACCAUGGGAACAAGUACCAGUGGAACACCAGUUCCUGCAGUUACAAAAUCUACAGCAGGCGCCACUACAACAACAAAGAGCCUGACAACUACCUUAACCACCACAACCAAAACAACCAAAACUAGUUCAACCAAACUCUCCACAACUCCAAUAAUCUCAACAAUCACGUCAAAUCCCACAAAAACAACUACCCCAAUGCCCUCAAGCACCAUCUCUACAGUUACAACUGUAAGAUCAACAGUCCAAACCACUCAAGCCAAUAUAGCAUCUGCCAUUCUUUUUGAAUAUGGACAGGAUGUUGGUGAUCAAUUGCUACCAAAAACAGCAUUUGAUGUCGUCUCUCCCAUUUUUAAGCCAGAGAUUGACUUCACUUUUGGAAAAGCUCGUUAUCCUUUAAUUUAUUUCACAGACAACGGUUUGAUCAUUUUUCCAGCAUCAGAGACUGAGAUUUUCAAUUAUACAAAUCCAUUUAAUGAAUUUACUGCAACUACUGUACCACCAAUGAUUGCUGUGUUUUGGAGUGAUGCAGACAUCUCAGGCAGCAUUGGAAAUGUUUUCUAUCAGGAGUACAAAACGUAUGGUUCCGAAUUUUUUAACUUGACACAGAAUGUAGAAAGAAUAAUAUCUGACCAACUCAAAAUUAAAUAUAAAGCCAAAUGGACCUUAAAAAUAACCUGGGAUAAAGUACCUGCAGCUAGUCUGGUUGAAAUAAGAAGUAAGACGAACACCUACCAAGCAGUUAUCACUACAGAUGGCAGCACGUCAUAUGUUGUCAUGUUGUAUGAGUCUGGUGGAAUGAAUUGGGAUGUAUCAACACUUGCUUCUAAAGAUCUUCUUAUUGGCUUCAGCAGUGGCGAUGGAUUCUUUAUGAACGACGAGCAAAUAAAACUUCCUACAGUUGCUGAAAGAUUUCGACCUGAUAAAUAUACUGGGACAAAUACAGAUUUGAAAGGCCUACGACUGUACAAACUGACUGAGGGCACACCACAGAUUAAUUACAAAGCAGACUGCUUGAGUUGGUUUAGUUUAGAGCCAAAUCCAUCUCAGUGGAACGCAGGUUUACUUUCCUGUCCAUGCAGUUUUCCUCAAGGACGAUCAGACAAUCGAUUCCGAAGGUCCAGUCGAGAUGCUACAGCCAAAGUUCUUCGUAGUACCAGCCCAAAUGCAAAUAGUGCUGGCCAAAGGUGUAAUUACAAUGGGAGGAAUGCAUUUCUUGAAGGUUGGCAGGAACGUUACUGGACAUCUGGACCAUCAGAUCCCUCAAGUCUGAACAAGCAAUUUGACCUAGAUCCAUUCAAAUGGUGCUGUGUAAAUGUUGACAACCCAUUAUUCUGUAACUAUUUCAGAAUCAAAAGACCAAGCAUUAGCUGUUUAAACUACAGGCCACCAACCCGAGCCAUAAUGCUUGGUGAUCCCCAUUUCAUAACCCUUGAUGGACUUCCCUACACUUUUAAUGGUCUUGGAGAUUUUAUGCUGCUUAAUAUUGAAUACAAUGGUGCCACCAUUUUUGAGCUCCAUGGUCGCACAGUCCAAACGGGAACAGCUCAAGCCACAAACUUCAUGGCUUUUGCAGCUCAGCACACACAAAACAAAACUAUCACAGUUCAGAUGAUUUUGAAAGGAAAUGAUUCAAUUGAAGUGCUAGUAAAUAAUGACAGAGUGCAGUUCGUGCCUAAUACUGCAGAUAGCCAAGAAAUAUUUCGUAAUGGCACCUUUUACCUGGAGAAAAAUGGAAAUGCAUCAGUAACUGCUUCAUUUGGUAGUGGUAUCUCAGUAACAGUGACAGCACAAUUUGAGAUGUUACUUGCAAUCACGGAUUUGCCAGAAAAGUUUAUGAACAAGACAAGAGGCCUUCUUGGUGUGUGGAAUGGCAAUCCAAAUGAUGAUUUUACAAUGCCAGAUGGAUCCUUUAUUCCAAAAAGUAGCAACGAAGCUAAAAUCUUCAGCUUUGGAAUGUCUUGGGAAGUACCCUUGGAGAGUUCCAUUUUCACAAUUGAGAGAAAUGUUCCAAACAAUUCAUUUACACCUCGCUUUCUGGGAGAUCUCCAGCAACAAAAUGAGACUUUGUUUAAUUUGUUGGCCAUUGAAUGUAAAAAUAACACUCAGUGCAUUUUUGAUGCAAUAAGUACAGGACGGAAAGAAAUCGGAUUGGUAACGGCAAACAAAAACACGGAAUUCAUGGAAGUUAAUGAAAUGCUGAAUUCAUAUCCACCAACCAUCACAGGACCAGAAGUGAUUUAUGCACAACUGUUUCAGCAAAAUAUUUCUUACUAUCAAGCAACAGACCAAGAGGGAAAUAAUGCUGUAUUCAUUCCUUUCAUAUCCCAGGAAUUGAAUGUAACAGAGAAUGGAACUUUGAUAUGGCAUCCAAAGACCACAAAUGGAAUAUCAUUAGAAAUUGAAGCAAUCGGGUCCAAUAAUCUGUCCUCAGUUCUUAGACCCCGGUUGGUGUUAUGCAACUGCAGUGUGAAUGGAGAAUGCAUUAACAAUGAAAUCAUUCAAAUCAAUGGUUCCUCAGUCUAUAAAGCUGCUUGUCACUGUACCACUGGAUUUACUGGUACCAACUGUGAAAAUAAAAUUGACGUGUGUCAGAUGGUUAGCUGUUUCUCAGGGUUAAACUGUUCCUUUUCUGGUUGUGACUCCUGUCCCAGGGGAUUGACAGGAGAUGGCAUACGUUGCACUGACAUAGAUGAGUGUAUGAGUGAAAACUCCUGUUCUCCAAAUGCAACAUGCAUCAAUAUCGUGCAAAGUUAUAACUGUGUCUGCAACUCAGGAUUUUCAGGCAACGGGUUAUCCUGCAGCAUCAUUAAUCCAUGUGACAGUUCACCAUGUUCACCCAAUGCUGACUGCACUAACACAGCAGGGAAUUUCAGUUGCACGUGUAAAGAAGGAUUCACAGGCAACGGGUCAUACUGCAGCAUCAUUAGUCUAUGUGACAGUUCACCAUGUUCACCCAAUGCUAACUGCACUAACACAGCAGGAAGUUUCAGUUGCACGUGUAAAGAAGGAUUCACAGGAAAUGGUACAACCUGCCUUGCGGGUCUAUGUUUCAAUGUAACUUGUCCUUCCUCAUUCUGCAACAAUGGAGGAACCUGUCUACCAGACCCUGCUGAUAACUGCAAACCAUUGUGCCAGUGUCCAAGUCAGUACAAAGGAGAGCGGUGCACAGAUCCAGAACAGCAAUUCAUAGCACAACCUCUGUCAACUCUUCCAAAGAGAUCUGUUAAUAUUACAUUGACCCUACCGAAUGUUGAUGUGAAUGUCUUAGGAAACACAAGCAGCACAGACUAUGGGAUUCUGAGUACUGUCACUGCAAGAAGGGUCCGUCGUGUUCUCCAAUAUGUGCCACACUUCGCUGAGAAUUCGAAAAUUCUUUUCUGGUCACAGGAGAAUAAUGUAAUCACUUCUGUUAAGUCGUUAUUCAGUUACAAUGGAAACAAGACUGUAAUUGAUUUCCUAAAUAAUGAGUUACAUCGUGCAAUUUUGGAAGCUUUUAAUGGCAAACAACAGUUUACUCGUGCUCUACAUCCUGAUAAUGUUACUUUUGGAAAUUUAAGUGAAGCAGACAUUCAAGAUAUAACUAAAUUAUCAUAUGAAAGUCUACUGCCACAUUUCAACUGCAACAACACUGAAUUUGCUGGUUACAAGGUCCUGUGGGAUGAUCAGAAUGGAGUGAUUUGCCAGUCUCCCUGCGAAAUGGAUUACUGUCUCAAUCAAGCAGAGUGCAAGCAUUUGAUAAAUGGACCAAUGUGCAAAUGUGUUCCGCGCACAAUAUACUCAAGUUACGGUGAUCGCUGUGAACACCUGUCAAUGAACCUCAGGGCAUUUUUUGGCAUUCUUUUUGGUGCCUUAGCUUUCCUGUUGCUACUGAUGUUAGCCAUCUAUUUAAUCAUCUGGAAGUGCAAAAAACCUGGAAGGGAACAACUCGUAAAUGACACAGACAGCUUUAGGGCUACAACAUUUUCAUUCCAAAGCAAUCCACUAUCUUCCAAGUUGAAAAAUACACACAUCUUGCCUUCUUUGGAUGAUAACAAUCUGCAGCCUGUGUCCUGGACUCCAAAUUUUGAUCAUGUCAAUCCAACUGCAGAGGUAAAAAUUGCAAGACCAUCAAUCAAGAGAAGUGGCACUGACUCAGAAAUACCAUAAAACCGUCAACAUGGUACUGAGGAACUUACCGAAGAUCAUGGAAAAUGACACACUGGUAUAAAGGAGUUAUUGCACAAAAACUGCACUAUCAGGAUAUGGGUUUAUUAUAUAAGCAUACUUGAAUAUGUUUUCAAUUACCUAUACUCUAAAUCUAAAAGAGGCAGUCGAUAAAACCUAUAAAAGCUCAUAUGAUUUAAAGGGUGUGUUUCAUUCUUGGUGCCUAAAUAUUUUCCUUAUAAUAAACCCUAAUGUUUACUGUUAAUUCCCUUUUAUUACUAUAUAAGAGAUUUCAGUAGGUGCCUGCUGUUGAGAAUAUUAUCAUAAUAAUAUAUAAUUCCUGAUUUUUACUUCCAAGUUGAAUUUACAAAUCACGAUUGCAAUAUUCUUUAAAAUAUACUAUAUAAAUCAUGUCAGAGCAUUAUUUUUAUAAUGUUUAUAUUCCUAUAUUUCUUAAGAAAAUUGUUCAUUGCAUUGCACAUGUACUAUUAUUAUAUUAGAAUGUGAUUUUUCUGGCAAAAUACAGUCUAAAUAUCUAAGGCCCCUGGUGAAGGGUAAUACAAUUUACCUCUAGUGAAUAGAGCUAGUAGAGUCAUGUAUGUAUUCUAAUCUAAAGCAGAUUAUUUAAAUAAUCUAUACAAAAGAUAUAUAAGAAUUUCAGAAAUUCAAAUAAAACAAAUAAUUCAUCUAAAAA